AUGAGAGUAGAGCUUACUAACAACACUGAUACUUCUGAGUUCGCGUCUCUACUUCUAAGAAUUGGUGAUGAAAAACAUACUUUCAUGGGUCCAAAUACAAUUGAAUUAAACGAAAGCUUCGGAAAAAUUGUGUAUAGCACAGAACAACUUAUUCAGUGUGUGUAUGGAGACCUGAACGCGUUAGAAUCAAGACCAUUUUCUUGGUUUUGCGAAAGAGCUAUCGUGUCACCAAAAAACUGUUCAGUGGAUGAAAUAAACAGAUACGUGCUUCAGAAUCUUAAAACGGAGUCGCAUAAAUACAAUGCAAUUGACACUGUGGUUGAUGAUAAUGAUAGUGUGCACUACCCUCAUGAGUUUUUAAAUUCACUCAACCCAGCAGGCCUGCCGCCAUAUCAACUUAAUUUAAAAAUUGGUACACCAAUUAUUCUAAUAAGAAAUCUCAAUCCUCCGAAUCUGUGCAAUGGCACACGACUCCAAAUCAAAAAGCUAUUAAAAAAUAUAAUACAAGUCCAAAUUCUUACCGGACCCGCAGUAGGAAAAUAUGCCCUGAUUCCCCGGAUACCAAUGAUACCAACAGAUCUCCCUUUUCAAUUUAAACGUGUGCAAUUUCCCAUUAAACCAUGCUUUUGUAUGACAAUUAACAAGGCUCAGGGUCAAUCGUUUAAAUUUAUUGGAGUCGACCUUAGGGAAAAUGUCUUCUCUCAUGGUCAGCUUUAUGUUGCUCUUUCCAGGGUAGGCUCAAAAAGCAACCAAUGCAUACUUCUUCCUCGCAGUAAUAUAACUGCAAAUAUUGUUUAUCCGGAGGCUUUGAAAUAAAAAAAUAUUUAUAAUAUGCACAAACAUGAACAAACUCUUUUUUUUCAAGU